UCAACGACGCGCUGGAGCGCAGCGAUGGGCUUUGCCCCGGGGCGCCCCAGAGAUUGGUGGGGGGGCGGAACCCAGGAGCGCGGCUGCCCGCGGAUUGGUGGGGCGCGGCGGAGGCGGGCCCGCGCAUGCGUUUAAGGGGCGGCGGCCGGGGUGCGGGGGCCAGUGCCAAGAUGUCGACGGCGUCGGUGCCGGAGCUGAAGCAGAUCAGCCGAGUGGAGGCUAUGCGCCUGGGGCCGGGCUGGAGUCACUCGUGCCACGCCAUGCUGUACGCCGCCAACCCCGGGCAGCUCUUCGGCCGAAUCCCCAUGCGCUUCUCGGUGCUGAUGCAGAUGCGCUUCGACGGGCUGCUGGGCUUCCCCGGGGGCUUCGUGGACCGGCGCUUCUGGUCGCUGGAGGACGGGCUGAACCGGGUGCUGGGCCUGGGCCUGGGCUGCCUGCGCCUCACCGAGGCCGACUACCUGAGCUCGCACCUGACGGAGGGCCCGCACCGCGUCGUGGCGCACCUGUACGCGCGGCAGCUGACGCUGGAGCAGCUGCACGCCGUGGAGAUCAGCGCGGUGCACUCGCGCGACCACGGCCUGGAGGUGGGGCCGCCGUCCGGGCCCCGCCCCCCGCCCCGGGGUUUGGCUCUGGCCCCGUGGAAGGCACCGAUGGGUGCUGGGCCUUGUGCGGGUCCCACUGUACACGCAGAAGGAUCGAGUUGGAGGCUUCCCCAACUUCCUGAGCAAUGCCUUCAUCAGCACAGCCAAGUACCAGCUCCUCUUCGCCCUCAAGGUGCUCAACAUGAUGCCCGAGGAGAAGCUGGCUGAGGCCUUGGCCGCAGCCACAGAGAAGCAGAAGAAGGCCCUGGAGAAGCUGCUUCCAGCUUCUUCCUGAGGUGGCUCACAUGGCGGCCACCACCCUCCCUGGCUGUGCCCGUGGGCUGGGAAGACUUGGCCCUGGAAUUCCUGUGGAAGUAUGUCUUAGAGCGUGUUUGUGUUUGCACCCCCUUCUGCCUGCCUGGGCCAGUGGCAUCUCAUCCCCACUGUCCCAAGCAGUCACGAGGUGGCGGCCAGGCCAACUGGGACCCGGCGGGUCCUCAGGUCGGUCAGUGGGUGGUCUGGGCACACUGGGCCUGGCUCUUCAGGCUCAGGUGUGCUCGCUCACCAAAGGCUCAAACCCUCCUCUGGGUGCAUCUCUGUGGGCUGAGGAAUGUGCACGGGGUUGGGCGCACAGCUCUGUGCUCAGAAGACGGCGGGCUGCGGCAAGGGAUGCCUUUAGGUCAGCUCACUCCUGCAUCCUUCCCCUAAGCCAGGCCUGGGUCUGGAACAAGGUCAGCUUGAGGGAGGAUGUUAUACUGUUAAUUUUGGUUGUUGCUGGAUUUACUUUGUUCGAUUUUCUCUCUCUCAAUGCGUGAACUAUGGGUGAGGUUUCAGAGUGGCUUUACCCCACUGUGGCUUGGUUCCCAAGGACAGUCAGGGCCUCAGGGGGCCCGGCCAUGUAUGGAUGGAGUUGAAGGAGAAAAAGACAAUAAAGUUGCUCCUCAGCU